AUGUGGUCAGCGAGCCUUGCCGAAGAGUUCAAAUUGGCUGGUGGCGACAUAGCAUACGGCCAGACGGUGAUGGCCAGCUAUGAAGGAUGUCCUCCCCAGGUCGCGGUCCAGGUCUCGUUCAGCGAGCGUGACACUCCUGGCCUUCGCCGCCUCGCUCAGAUCUCAGAUCAGGGCCUGCAGCUGAUCAAGCCAGAGUCACACAAGGGCCGGCGCAGAAUUCUGGUGGUAUGUUCGGAUUCCUUCACUGUGUUCCAACGAAGCAACCGUGGCUGGACCGACAUAGCAGGCGACCUGGAACAGCUGCGGAUUGAUGGGACGCUCUCUGCAUAUGAGCGAGUGAUCUACCGCCCCUUAUGGGGGAAAUCCCUGCCGCACAUAGUGAACGAAAUCACUAAGGCUGUUCAGGAAACCAUUGAUGAAUUCUCCGGCGCUGGGCAGAGCCAGUUCUUGCGGAUCGACAUCCAGGCAAUCUGGCUCGGCAAUGAACUAGUCGGAGAGCGCGGAGUCUUCCUCGAACCAGCUAUGCCUCAGUGGAGGGAGAAGCAACUUCCCGCUGGGUACCACGCUGCCCGUGGUGAGUGGUCAGAAAUUGCUGACCGCGUCUGCACUUCUCUUAGCUCACUUGCCGCCCUCAAGGGCAGGCCGAGCAUUGGAGAAUUUGUGGGCGCCAUCGCGCUCAUCGGGCAGCCCAACCCAGCGAAGUACUUGCUACCCGAAGGAUACGGAGACUGCAUGGACACGUUCUUCGAAUUCGCGGAGCAGCUCGGGAUGCACACGGCGAGUGUGGCAGAAGUGAUUGCCCCAUUCACAAUGUGGGAUGCGUAUCAUUUCCGAGAUGACAGCUGCAACCGCAAGAUCCUCGCUGAUUGGCUCGCUUGCGUGGCAAAUGUGCUCGCUUGCGAAGACCAAGUCUCCUUCUUGAAAACUGAGGACAUUGACCUCAUGGCCCGGCGGUUCCCAUACCAGCAGCAUGGACUGAUCCUGAACCAGAUGCAGUUCAAUGAGACAGUCAACAAGCACAUGCAGUCCGCAACCCUUCCAAAGCACCACCCGGAAGAGGUUGAGCUGAAUCCAUGGGACUACGCCGAGGAAGAGGCCGUGGAGAUCACAAUCUUGGUGCGGGCCAAGAUGGAAGCCGCUCGGAAUGAACAAGCCGCCCUCGCGGGCAGGCCAACUCCUGUGCAGCCGGCGAAGCUAAGGGUUCUUCCUCCUAUCACUCCUAGGGAGAAGAAGGAGAUGCUGGAAUCCGUCCUCGGCUUCGAUCGCGCCGACGACUAUGCCUUCCUCGAUUGCGUCCCUGAAGGCGCCCUGGCCGGCAUUGAAAGAGCCAGCGAGUUCGACUCGCCGGACGACAUCAGACUGGCCACAUGUGAACAGGGCGACCUUGGGCCAAUU